GCCGCGGCAGGACCGCCCGGGCCAGCAGCGGGAGGGGCCGUGUCCCGCCGUGUCCCCACGCCUGCCCUCUUCUCGCCGGUGGCCAUGCUCGCACCAGGGCUGCUGCUGCUGCUGACCUGCGGGGGCGCCCUGCUCAGCGCCGGUCUGGACAACGCCUCCUCCACCAGCCCGGGCCCCUGGAGGCUGGAGGACUCUGCACAGAUAGACCCGGACAAGGGCGCGUGCUCCACGUGGGGCGCCAGCCACUUCUCCACCUUCGACCAGCGCACGUACGACUUCUCGGGGACGUGCAACUACGUCCUCGCGGCCGCCUGCGAGGACCUCCCCAGCUUCAGCGUCCAGCUGCGGCGAGGGCCGGACGGCAACAUCCGGAUCAUCGUGGAGCUGGGGGCCUCCGUCGUCACCGUGAGCGAGGCGGCCAUCUCAGUCAAGGACAUCGGAGCCGUCAGCCUGCCCCACACCAGCAACGGGCUGCGGAUCACGCCCUUCGGCCGGAGCGUGCGGCUGGUGGCCAAGCAGCUGGAGCUGGAGCUGGAGGUCCUGUGGGGCCCCGACGCCCACCUCAUGGUCCUGGUGGAGAGAAGGCACAGCGGCCGGCUGUGCGGGCUGUGUGGGAACUUCGACGGCAACGCCACCAACGAGUUCCUGAGCGAGGAGGGCAAACUCCUGGAGCCCCACGCGUACGCCGCCCUGCAGAAGCUGGACGACCCCGACGAGAUUUGUGCCCACGAGGCCGUGCCCAGGCCCCCUGCCCUGCAGGCCGAGCACGCCCGGAUCUGCAGCCGACUGCUGGCCCUGGUGUCCCCUGCGUGCAACGUGACCAAGGAGCCGUUCGUGCGGAGCUGCCAGGCGGACAUGGCCGCGGCCGCGCAGCCGGGCCAGGACAGCAGCUGCGCCACGCUGUCUGAGUACUCGCGCCGCUGCAGCAUGGCCGGCCAGCCCGUCAGCCGCUGGCGGGGCCCCGGCCUCUGCUCCCUGGGCCCGUGCCCGGCCAGCAGAGUACAGGAGUGCGGCGCGGCCUGCGCCAGGACCUGCUCCAACCCACAGCACCGCUGCUCCGGCUUCUGCGCCUUUGGCUGCUUCUGCCCGGAAGGUACGGUCCUCAACGACCUCUCCACAAACCACACCUGCGUGCCCGUCGCUCAGUGCCCCUGCGUGUUCAACGGGGCCCUAUAUGCCCCCGGGGACGUCACCACCUCCGCCUGCCGAACCUGCCGGUGCACCUCGGGCCGCUGGGCGUGCACGGAGCGGCCGUGCCCCGGCCACUGCUCCCUGGAAGGCGGCUCCUUCGUCACCACGUUCGACGCCAGGCCCUACCGCUUCCACGGCACCUGCACCUACAUCCUCCUCCAGAGCCCCCAGCUGCCCGACGAGGGCACCCUCCUGGCCGUGUACGACAGGUCCGGGUACUCGCACUCGGAGACCUCGCUGGUGGCUCUCGUCUACCUGUCUGGGCAGGACAAAAUCGUGAUCUCUCAGGACGAGCUGGUCACCAACAACGGAGACGCCAAGUGGCUGCCAUACAAGACCCGCAACAUCACGGUCUUCAGGCAGACGUCCAGCCACCUCCAGGUGGCCACCAGCUUCGGGCUGGAGCUCGUGGUCCAGCUGCAGCCCAUCUUCCAGGUGUACGUGACCGUCGGGCCCCAGUUCAGAGGCCAGACCAGAGGGCUCUGCGGCAACUUCAACGGGGACACGACUGACGACUUCAUGACCAGCGUGGGCAUCGCCGAGGGCACCGCCUCUCUCUUCGUGGACUCCUGGCGGGCGGGGAACUGCCCGGCCGCGCUGGAGCGCGAGACAGACCCCUGCUCCAUGAGCCAGCUCAACAAGGUGUGUGCGGAGACCCACUGCUCGGUGCUGCUGAGGAAGGACACGGUGUUCGAGAGGUGCCAUGCCACAGUGAACCCCACGCCCUUCUACAAGCGGUGCGUGUACCAGGCCUGCAACUACGAGGAGACUUUCCCCCACAUCUGCGCCACGCUGGGCAGCUACGCCCACACGUGCGCCUCGCAGGGUGUCCUGCUCUGGGGCUGGAGAGGCAGCGUGGACAACUGCACUGUCCCUUGCUCCGGCAACCGCACCUUCAGCUACGACAGCCGGGCCUGCGGCCGCACCUGCCUGUCACUGUCGGACCACGCGGCUGAGUGCCACCCCAGCGCAGUGCCCGUGGACGGCUGCAACUGCCCCGAGGGCACCUACCUGGACCACAGGGGCGAGUGUGUGCGCAGGGCCCAGUGCCCCUGCCUGGAGAGUGGCAGGCUGGUCCCGGCCGGGCAGUCUGUCGUGGUCAACGGCGCCACCUGCCACUGCGUCAGCGGGCGGCUGAGCUGCCCUGGACGGUCACAGCUGUUCGCGGCCGCCUGCUCGGCCCCCAAGACGUUCGAGUCCUGCGGCCAGUCCUCGGAGAACGAGUUCGGAGCGGCGUGUGCCCCCACGUGCCAGAUGCUGGCCACCGGCGUCGCCUGCGUGCCCACCAAGUGCGAGCCCGGCUGCGUCUGUGCCAAGGGGCUGUAUGAGAACGCGGACGGGCAGUGCGUGCCCCCCGAGGAGUGCCCGUGCGAGUUCGCGGGGGUCUCCUACCCUGGGGGCGCCGAGCUCCACGCUGACUGCAGGACCUGCAUCUGCUCAAGGGGCAAGUGGUCGUGCCAGAACAGCAGCCACUGCCCAGCCACCUGUGCCCUGUACGGGGAGGGCCAUGUGGUCACCUUCGACGGCCAGCGCUUCGUGUUCGACGGCAGCUGCGAGUACAUCCUGGCCACGGACGGAUGCGGCACCAACGACUCGCGGCCGACAUUCAGGAUCCUGACGGAGAACGUCGUCUGCGGGAGGUCGGGGGUCACCUGCUCCCGGGCCAUCAAGAUCUUCCUGGGGGGCCUGUCCGUGGUGCUGGCGGACAGCAACUGCACGGUCACCGGGGAGGACCCCCACGUGCACCUCCGCGUGCGGCCCAGUGCCCUGCACCUUGUGCUGGACAUGGCUGUCCCGGGAAAGUACAAUCUGACGGUCGUCUGGAACAAGCACAUGACCGUCUUCAUCACGAUCCACCGCGCCUCCCAGGACGCGCUCUGUGGCUUGUGCGGCAACUACAACGGGAACAUGAAGGACGACUUUGAGACGCGCAGCCAGUACGUGGCCUCCAGCGAGCUGGAGUUCGUGAACUCGUGGAAGGAGAGUCCCCUGUGCGGGGAUGCGAGCUUCCUGGUGGAGCCCUGUAUCUUCAACCCCUUCCGCCGCGCCUGGGCCAAGCGCAAGUGCAGCCUCAUCAGCAGCCAGACCUUCGCCGCCUGCCACGGCCAGGUGUACCACAUGCCCUACUACGAGGCCUGUGUGCGCGACGCGUGUGGGUGCGACACGGGCGGGGACUGCGAGUGUCUGUGUGAUGCCGUGGCCGCCUACGCCAAAGCCUGCCUGGACAAGGGUGUCUGCGUGGACUGGAGGACCCCCACGUUCUGCCCUAUCUACUGCGACUACUACAACACGCACACGCAGGCGGGCGGCAGCGGCCAGUACCAGUACACGCAGAAAGCCAACUGCACGUGGCACUACCAGCCCUGCCUCUGCCCCGGCCGGCCAGACAGGCUCACAGUCACCAACAUCGAAGGCUGCUACAACUGCUCCCAGGACGAGUACUUCGACCACAAGGAGGGGGCGUGUGUGCCCUGCACAACGCCCACCACGCCGCAGCCGCCCACCACAGGCAAGUCACCCACGGAAGUCCAGCCCACGACGGGAACCCGAGGCACCAGUGGGCUCCUCAGCACGCCCACGCCCUUGCCCGGCCCCACCCGGACACCCUACAUUCCAGCCACUCUCACGAGCGGGCCCUCGGCCCCUCCCACCACGCCCAGCACCUCCUCGGCCUCCCCAGAAGAGUCUCCUAGAACCACCACGGCUGUCACCACACACAUCACACCAGCGCCAGCCACCACAGCCACAAGGCCCACAGUGACUCGGGCCACGACCCAGCCCACAGCAUCCUCCCCAAGUCCAGCUACGAAGUCCACAGAUCAGCCCACAGCUCACAUGACAGUGGCACCGGAAACGUCAGCAAUCUCGGAAACCAGCCCGAGUCCACACUCUACCCACAAGGCAUCAGGAAGCACAACCGCCACACGGACAACACAAAACACAUGGACACCUCCAACCCCAGCUGGCGUCGCCCGCCCGAGCACACCGCACAAUGGCCUAGAAACGACCCGCACGACACGGACAACCACACCGCGGACACCAACCUGGAAAUCCUCAACACACGCCCCCGCCACCGCUGCACUCUCCUCCACUCCACUCUCCACGGGGCCUCUCACUGGGACCUCCUUCAAGACCACCAGUGCCUAUCCGACACCUACAAACCCCCUGACCACACUCCCCACUCACACUCCACCUCUGUCCACCUCCUCGGUCACUCCAACACCUCACCAAGGCAGCACCUCAGCCCACUCACACAUACCCACCUCCACCUCCACCCAAGCGUCAACCACCACCACGCUUCCCACAUCAUCUGUCAAGUCCACGGGGACCACCCACACGGCAACACCAUACACAGGGACUACGCAACCCAAGACCUCCUUCAGCACAGCCAAAACCUCCAGCUCCCACCACUCAAAGCCCUUCUCCACAUCCCACCCUGAAGCCAGCUCACCUUCUGCCACUACGAUCACGCCCAGGCUCACCACAAUCACCCCCACACUCACAACCAUCACCCCCACACUCACCAGCCUCAGAACUGAGACUGCCGUGGUCCACACCACCACGGCCACCAACACCGGUACACACACAACACGCAACACACACUCCCCACCCAAUGUCACAGUCUCCUCCACUCCACACUCCACGGGGCCUCCCACUGGGACUUCCUUCAAGACCACCAGCUUCUACUCCACCGCUACACACCCCCAGACCACACUCCCCUCUCACACACCUCCUCUGUCCACCUCCUCGGUCAUUCCAACGUCUCACCAAGGCAGCACCUCAGCCCACUCACACAUACCCACUUCCACCUCCACCCAAGCAUCAACCACCACCACGCUUCCCACAACAUCUCUGAAGCCCACGGGGACCACCCACACGGCCACACCAUUCACAGGGACCACGCAACCCAAGACCUCCUUCAGCACAGCCAAAACCUCUAGCUCCCAGCACUCAAAGCCCUUCUCCACAUCCCACCCCGAAUCCAGCUCAUCUUCCGCCUCCACCAUCACGCCCAGGCUCACCACCAUAACCCCGAGAUUCACCACCAUCACCCCUAGACUCACCACUAUCACGCCCAGACUCACCAGCCACGAAAUUAUAACCCCCGUGGUCCACACCACCUCGGCCACCAACACCAGGCCCCACACGACCAGCACCACACACUCCCGACCCACCUCCCCAAUCUCCUCCACUCCACACUCCACGGGCUCUCCCACUGGGACCUCCUUCAAGACCACCAGCGCCUAUCGGACACCUACAAACCCCGAGACCAAACUCCCCACUCACACUCCACCACUGUCCACCUCCUCAGUCACUCCAACCUCUCACCAAGGCAGCACCUCAGCCCACUCACACAUACCCACUUCCACCUCCACCCAAGUGUCAACCACCACCACGCUUCCCACAACAUCUCUCAAGGCCACGGGGACCACCCACACGGCCACACCAUUCACAGGGACCACGCAACCCAAGACCUCCUUCAGCACAGCCAAGACCUCUAGCUCCCAGCACUCAAAACCCUCCUCCACAUCCCACCCCGAAGCCAGCUCAUCUUCCGCCUCCACCAUCACGCCCAGGCUCACCACCGUAACCCCCAGAUUCACCACCAUCACCCCUAGAAUCACCACUAUCACGCCCAGACUCACCAGCCACGAAACUAAAACCCCCGUGGUCCACACCACCUCGGCCACCAACACCAGUCCCCACACGACCAGCACCACACACUCCCGACCCACCUCCCCAAUCUCCUCCACUCCACACUCCACGGGCCCUCCCACUGGGACCUCCUUCAAGACCACCAGUGCCUAUCAGACACCUACAAAUCCCGAGACCACACUCCCCACUCACACUUCACCACUGUCCACCUCCUCGGUCACUCCAACCUCUCACCAAGGCAGCACCUCAGCCCACUCACACAUACCCACUUCCACCUCCACCCAAACGUCAACCACCACCACGCUUCCCACAUCAUCUGUCAAGUCCACGGGGACCACCCACACGGCCACACCAUUCACAGGGACCACGCAACCCAAGACCUCCUUCAGCACAGCCAAGACCUCCAGCUCCCAUCACUCAAAGCCCUUCUCCACAUCCCAUCAGCAAGCCAGUUCGUCUUCCGCCACCACCACGAUCACGCCGAGCCUCACCACCAUCACCCCCACACUCACGACCAUCACCCCCACACUCACCAGCCUCAGAACAGGGAGCCCCGUGGUCCACACCACCUCGGUCACCAACACUGGUCCCCACACAACCAGCACCACACACUCCCGACCCACCUCCCCAAUCUCUUCCACUCCACACUCCACGGGGCCUCCCACUGAGGCCUCCUUCAAGACCACCAGCGCCUAUCCGACACCUACACACCCAGAGACCACACUCCCCUCUCACACUACACCUCUGGCCACCUCCUCGGUCACUCCAACGUCUCACCAAGGCAGCACCUCAGCCCACUCACACAUACCCACCUCCACCUCCACCCAAGCGUCAACCACCACCACGCUUCCCACAACAUCUCUGAAGGACACGAGGACCACCCACACGGCCACACCAUUCACAGGGACCACGCAACCCAAGACCUCCUUCAGCACAGCCAAAACCUCUAGCUCCCAGCACUCAAAGCCCUUCUCCACAUCCCACCCUGAAGUCAGCUCACCUUCAGUCACCACCAUCACGCCCAGGCUCACUAGCCUCAGGACUGGGACCCCCGUGGUCCACACCACCUCGGUCACCAACACUGGUCCACAUACGACCAACACCACACACUCCCGACCCACCUCCCCAAUAUCCUCCACUCCACACUCCACGGUGCCUCCCACUGGGACCUCCUUCAAGACCAUCAGCGCCUAUCCGACACCUACACACCCAGAGACCACACUCCCCUCUCACACUACACCUCUGGCCACCUCCUCGAUCACUGCAACCUCUCACCAAGGCAGCACCUCAGCCCACUCACCCAUACCCACCUCCACCUCCACCCUAGCGUCAACCACCACCACGCUUCCCACAACAUCUCUGAAGGCCACGGGGACCACCCACACGGCCACACCAUUCACAGGGACCACGCAACCCAAGACCUCCUUCAGCACAGCCAAGACCUCUAGCUCCCAUCACUCAAAAACCCCCUCAACAUCCCACCCCGAAGCCAGCUCAUCUUCCGCCUCCACCAUCACGCCCAGGCUCACCACCGUAACCCCCAGAUUCACCACCAUCACCCCUAGACUCACCACUAUCACGCCCAGAAUCACCAGCCACGAAACUAAAACCCCCGUGGUCCACACCACCUCGGCCACCAACACCAGUCCCCACACGACCAGCACCACACACUCCCGACCCACUUCCCCAAUCUCCUCCACUCCACACUCCACGGGGCCUCCCACUGGGACCUCCUUCAAGACCACCAGCGCCUAUCCGACGCCUACACUCCCCGAGACCACACUUCCCACUCACACUACAGCACUGUCCACCUCCUCGCUCACUCCAACGUCUCACCAAGGCAGCACCUCAGCCCACUCACACAUACCCACCUCCACCUCCACCCAAGCGUCAACCACCACCACGCUUCCCACAUCAUCUCUGAAGGCCACGGGGACCACCCACACGGCCACACCAUUCACAGGGACCACGCAACCCAAGACCUCCUUCAGCACAGCCAAAACCUCUAGCUCCCAGCACUCAAAGCCCUUCUCCACAUCCCACCCUGAAGUCAGCUCACCUUCCGCCACCACCGUCACUCCCAGGCUCACUAGCCUCAGGACUGGGACCCCCGUGGUCCACACCACCUCGGUCACCAACACCGGUCCACAUACGACCAACACCACACACUUCCGACCCACCUCCCCAAUAUCCUCCACUUCACACUCCACGGUGUCUCCCACUGGGACCUCCUUCAAGACCACCAGCGCCUAUCCGACACCUACACACCCAGAGACCACACUCCCCUCUCACACUACACCUCUGGCCACCUCCUCGGUCACUGCAACCUCUCACAAAGGCAGCACCUCAGCCCACUCACCCAUACCCACCUCGACCUCCACCCUAGUGUCAACCACCACCACGCUUCCCACAACAUCUGUCAAGGCCACGGGAACCACCCACACGGCCACACCAUUCACAGGGACCACGCAACCCAAGACCCCCUUCAGCACAGCCAAGACCUCUAGCUCCCAUCACUCAAAACCCCCCUCAACAUCCCACCCCGAAGCCAGCUCAUCUUCCGCCUCCACCAUCACGCCCAGGCUCACCACCGUAACCCCCAGAUUCACCACCAUCACCCCUAGACUCACCACUAUCACGCCCAGACUCACCAGCCACAAAACUAAAACCCCCGAGGUCCACACCACCUCGGCCACCAACACCAGUCCCCACACGACCAGCACCACACACUCCCGACCCACUUCCCCAAUCUCCUCCACUCCACACUCCACGGGGCCUCCCACUGGGACCUCCUUCAAGACCACCAGUGCGUAUCGGACACCUACAAACCCCGAGACCACACUCCCCACUCACACUCCACGUCUGUCCACCUCCUCGGUCACUCCAACGUCUCACCAAGGCAGCACCUCAGCCCACUCACACCUACCCACCUCCACCUCCACCCAAGCGUCAACCACCACCACGCUUCCCACAUCAUCUGUCAAGUCCACGGGGACCACCCACACGGCCACACCAUUCACAGGGACCACGCAACCCAAGACCUCCUUCAGCACAGCCAAAACCUCUAGCUCCCAGCACUCAAAGCCCUUCUCCACAUCCCACCCUGAAGUCAGCUCACCUUCCGCCACCACCGUCACUCCCAGGCUCACUAGCCUCAGGACUGGGACGCCCGUGGUCCACACCACCUCGGUCACCAACACUGGUCCACAUACGACCAACACCACACACUUCCGACCCACCUCCACAAUCUCCUCCACUCCACACUCCACGGUGCCUCCCACUGGGACCUCCUUCAAGACCACCAGCGCCUAUCCGACACCUACACACCCAGAGACCACACUGCCCUCUCACAGUACACCUCUGUCCACCUCCUCGGUCACUGCAACCUCUCACCAAGGCAGCACCUCAGCCCACUCACCCAUACCCACCUCCACCUCCACCCUAGCGUCAACCACCACCACGCUUCCCACAACAUCUCUGAAGGCCACGGGGACCACCCACACGGCCACACCAUUCACAGGGACCACGCAACCCAAGACCUCCUUCAGCACAGCCAAGACCUCUAGCUCCCAUCACUCAAAAACCCCCUCAACAUCCCACCCCGAAGCCAGCUCAUCUUCCGCCUCCACCAUCACGCCCAGGCUCACCACCGUAACCCCCAGAUUCACCACCAUCACCCCUAGACUCACCACUAUCACGCCCAGAAUCACCAGCCACGAAACUAAAACCCCCGUGGUCCACACCACCUCGGCCACCAACACCAGUCCCCACACGACCAGCACCACACACUCCCGACCCACUUCCCCAAUCUCCUCCACUCCACACUCCACGGGGCCUCCCACUGGGACCUCCUUCAAGACCACCAGCGCCUAUCCGACGCCUACACUCCCCCAGACCACACUUCCCACUCACACUACAGCACUGUCCACCUCUUCGCUCACUCCAACGUCUCACCAAGGCAGCACCUCAGCCCACUCACACAUACCCACCUCCACCUCCACCCAAGCGUCAACCACCACCACGCUUCCCACAUCAUCUCUGAAGGCCACGGGGACCACCCACACGGCCACACCAUUCACAGGGACCACGCAACCCAAGACCUCCUUCAGCACAGCCAAAACCUCUAGCUCCCAGCACUCAAAGCCCUUCUCCACAUCCCACCCUGAAGUCAGCUCACCUUCCGCCACCACCGUCACUCCGAGGCUCACUAGCCUCAGGACUGGGACCCCCGUGGUCCACACCACCUCGGUCACCAAGACCGGUCCACAUACGACCAACACCACACACUUCCGACCCACCUCCCCAAUAUCCUCCACUCCACACUCCACGGUGCCUCCCACUGGGACCUCCUUCAAGACCACCAGCGCCUAUCCGACACCUACACACCCAGAGACCACACUGCCCUCUCACACUCCACCUCUGUCCACCUCCUCGGUCACUGCAACCUCUCACCAAGGCAGCACCUCAGCCCACUCACCCAUACCCACCUCCACCUCCACCCUAGUGUCAACCACCACCACGCUUCCCACAACAUCUCUGAAGGCCACGGGGACCACCCACACGGCCACACCAUUCACAGGGACCACGCAACCCAAGACCUCCUUCAGCACAGCCAAGACCUCUAGCUCCCAUCACUCAAAAACCCCCUCAACAUCCCACCCCGAAGCCAGCUCAUCUUCCGCCUCCACCAUCACGCCCAGGCUCACCACCGUAACCCCCAGAUUCACCACCAUCACCCCUAGACUCACCACUAUCACGCCCAGAAUCACCAGCCACGAAACUAAAACCCCCGUGGUCCACACCACCUCGGCCACCAACACCAGUCCCCACACGACCAGCACCACACACUCCCGACCCACUUCCCCAAUCUCCUCCACUCCACACUCCACGGGGCCUCCCACUGGGACCUCCUUCAAGACCACCAGCGCCUAUCCGACGCCUACACUCCCCCAGACCACACUUCCCACUCACACUACAGCACUGUCCACCUCCUCGCUCACUCCAACGUCUCACCAAGGCAGCACCUCAGCCCACUCACACAUACCCACCUCCACCUCCACCCAAGCGUCAACCACCACCACGCUUCCCACAUCAUCUCUGAAGGCCACGGGGACCACCCACAUGGCCACACCAUUCACAGGGACCACGCAACCCAAGACCUCCUUCAGCACAGCCAAAACCUCUAGCUCCCAGCACUCAAAGCCCUUCUCCACAUCCCACCCUGAAGCCAGCUCACCUUCCGCCACCACCAUCAUUCCCAGGCUCACUAGCCUCAGGACUGGGACCCCCGUGGUCCACACCACCUCGGUCACCAACACUGGUCCACAUACGACCAACACCACACACUUCCGACCCACCUCCACAAUCUCCUCCACUCCACACUCCACGGUGCCUCCCACUGGGACCUCCUUCAAGACCACCAGCGCCUAUCCGACACCUACACACCCAGAGACCACACUGCCCUCUCACAGUACACCUCUGUCCACCUCCUCGGUCACUGCAACCUCUCACCAAGGCAGCACCUCAGCCCACUCACCCAUACCCACCUCCACCUCCACCCUAGCGUCAACCACCACCACGCUUCCCACAACAUCUCUGAAGGCCACGGGGACCACCCACACGGCCACACCAUUCACAGGGACCACGCAACCCAAGACCUCCUUCAGCACAGCCAAGACCUCUAGCUCCCAGCACUCAAAACCCUCCUCCACAUCCCACCCCGAAGCCAGCUCAUCUUCCGCCUCCACCAUCACGCCCAGGCUCACCACCGUAACCCCCAGAUUCACCACCAUCACCCCUAGACUCACCACUAUCACGCCCAGAAUCACCAGCCACGAAACUAAAACCCCCGUGGUCCACACCACCUCGGCCACCAACACCAGUCCCCACACGACCAGCACCACACACUCCCGACCCACCUCCCCAAUAUCCUCCACUCCACACUCCACAGGCCCUCCCACUGGGACCUCCUUCAAGACCUCGAGCGCUUAUCUGACACCUCCACACCCCCAGUCCACACUCCCCACUCACACUCCACCUCUGUCCACCUCCUCGGUCACUGCAACCUCUCACCAAGGCAGCACCUCAGGCCACUCCCACAUACCCACAUCCACCUCCACACUAGCGUCAACCAUCACCACACUUCCCACAACAUCUCUGAAGGUGACGGGGACCACCCACACGGCCACACCAUUCACAGGGACCACGCAACCCAAGACCUCCUUCAGCACAGCCAAGACCUCUAGCUCCCAUCACUCAAAACCCCCCUCAACAUCCCACCCCGAAGCCAGCUCAUCUUCCGCCUCCACCAUCACGCCCAGGCUCACCACCGUAACCCCCAGAUUCACCACCAUCACCCCUAGACUCACCACUAUCACGCCCAGAAUCACCAGCCACGAAACUAAAACCCCCAUGGUCCACACCACCUCGGCCACCAACACCAGUCCCCACACGACCAGCACCACACACUCCCGACCCACUUCCCCAAUCUCCUCCACUCCACACUCCACGGGGCCUCCCACUGGGACCUCCUUCAAGACCACCAGCGCCUAUCUGACGCCUACACACCCCCAGACCACACUUCCCACUCACACUACACCUCUGUCCACCUCCUCGGUCACUCCAACGUCUCACCAAGGCAGCACCUCAGCCCACUCACACAUACCCACCUCCACCUCCACCCAAGCGUCAACCACCACCACGCUUCCCACAUCAUCUCUGAAGGCCACGGGGACCACCCACACGGCCACACCAUUCACAGGGACCACGCAACUCAAGACCUCCUUCAGCACAGCCAAAACCUCUAGCUCCCAGCACUCAAAGCCCUUCUCCACAUCCCACCCUGAAGUCAGCUCACCUUCCGCCACCACCGUCACUCCCAGGCUCACUAGCCUCAGGACUGGGACCCCCGUGGUCCACACCACCUCGGUCACCAACACCGGUCCACAUACGACCAACACCACACACUUCCGACCGACCUCCCCAAUCUCCUCCACUCCACACUCCACGGGCCCUCCCACUGGGACCUCCUUCAAGACCACCAGCGCCUAUCCGACACCUACACACCCAGAGACCACACUGCCCUCUCACACUACACCUCUGUCCACCUCCUCGGUCACUGCAACCUCUCACCAAGGCAGCACCUCAGCCCACUCACCCAUACCCACCUCCACCUCCACCCUAGUGUCAACCACCACCACGAUUCCCACAACAUCUCUGAAGGCCACCGGGACCACCCACACGGCCACACCAUUCACAGGGACCACGCAACCCAAGACCCUCUUCAGCACACCCAAGACCUCUAGCUCCCAUCACUCAAAACCCUCCUCCACAUCCCACCCCGAAGCCAGCUCAUCUUCCGCCUCCACCAUCACGCCCAGGCUCACCACCGUAACCCCCAGAUUCACCACCAUCACCCGUAGACUCACCACUAUCACGCCCAGAAUCACCAGCCACGAAACUAAAACCCCCGUGGUCCACACCACCUCGGCCACCAACACCAGUCCCUACACGACCAGCACCACACACUCCCGACCCACCUCUCCAAUCUCCUCCACUCCACACUCCACGGGCCCUCCUACUGGGACCUCGUUCAAGACCACCAGCACCUAUCUGACACCUACACACCCAGAGACCACACUCCCCUCUCACACUACACCUCUGGCCACCUCCUCGGUCACUCCAACGUCUCACCAAGGCAGCACCUCAGCCCACUCACACAUACCCACCUCCACCUCCACCCAAGCGUCAACCACCACCACGCUUCCCACAACAUCUCUGAAGGCCACGAGGACCACCCACACGGCCACACCAUUCACAGGGACCACGCAACCCAAGACCCCCUUCAGCACAGCCAAGACCUCUAGCUCCCAUCACUCAAAACCCCCCUCAACAUCCCUCCCCGAAGCCAGCUCAUCUUUCGCCUCCACCAUCACGCCCAAGCUCACCACCGUAACCCCCAGAUUCACCACCAUCACCCCUAGACUCACCACUAUCACGCCCAGAAUCACCAGCCACGAAACUAAAACCCCCGUGGUCCACACCACCUCGGCCACCAACACCAUUCCCCACACGACCAGCACGACACACUCCCGACCCACUUCCCCAAUCUCCUCCACUCCACACUCCACAGGGCCUCCCACGGGGACCUCCUUCAAGACCACCAGCACCUAUCCGACGCCUACAUACCCCCAGACCACACUUCUCACUCACACUCCACCUCUGUCCACCUCCUCGGUCACUCCAACGUCUCUCCAAAGCAGCACCUCAGCCCACUCACACAUACCCACCUCCACCUCCACCCAAGCGUCAACCACCACCACGCUUCCCACAUCAUCUGUCAAGUCCACGGGGACCACCCACACGGCCACACCAUUCACAGGGUCCACGCAACUCAAGACCUCCUUCAGCACAGCCAAAACGUCUAGCGCCCAGCACUCAAAGCCCUUCUCCACAUCUCACCCUGAAGUCAGCUCACCUUCCGCCACCACCGUCACUCCCAGGCUCACUAGCCUCAGUACUGGGACCCCCGUGGUCCACACCACCUCGGUCACCAACACUGGUCCACAUACGACCAACACCACACACUUCCGACCCACCUCCCCAAUAUCCUCCACUCCACACUCCACGGGGCCUCCCACUGGGACCUCCUUCAAGACCACCAGCGCCUAUCCGACACCUACACACCCAGAGACCACACUGCCCUCUCACACUACACCUCUGUCCACCUCCUCGGUCACUGCAACCUCUCACCAAGGCAGCACCUCAGCCCACUCACCCAUACCCACCUCGACCUCCACCCUAGCGUCAACCACCACCACGAUUCCCACAACAUCUCUGAAGGCCACGGGGACCACCCACACGGCCACACCAUUCACAGGGACCACGCAACCCAAGACCCCCUUCAGCACAGCCAAGACCUCUAGCUCCCAUCACUCAAAAACCCCCUCAACAUCCCUCCCCGAAGCCAGCUCAUCUUUCGCCUCCACCAUCACGCCCAAGCUCACCACCGUAACCCCCAGAUUCACCACCAUCACCCCUAGACUCACCACUAUCACGCCCAGAAUCACCAGCCACGAAACUAAAACCCCCGUGGUCCACACCACCUCGGCCACCAACACCAUUCCCCACACGACCAGCACGACACACUCCCGACCCACUUCCCCAAUCUCCUCCACUCCACACUCCACGGGGCCUCCCACGGGGACCUCCUUCAAGACCACCAGCACCUAUCCGACGCCUACAUACCCCCAGACCACACUUCUCACUCACACUCCACCUCUGUCCACCUCCUCGGUCACUCCAACGUCUCUCCAAAGCAGCACCUCAGCCCACUCACACAUACCCACCUCCACCUCCACCCAAGCGUCAACCACCACCACACUUCCCACAUCAUCUGUCAAGUCCACGGGGACCACCCACACGGCCACACCAUUCACAGGGUCCACGCAACUCAAGACCUCCUUCAGCACAGCCAAAACGUCUAGCGCCCAGCACUCAAAGCCCUUCUCCACAUCUCACCCUGAAGUCAGCUCACCUUCCGCCACCACCGUCACUCCCAGGCUCACUAGCCUCAGUACUGGGACCCCCGUGGUCCACACCACCUCGGUCACCAACACUGGUCCACAUACGACCAACACCACACACUUCCGACCCACCUCCCCAAUAUCCUCCACUCCACACUCCACGGGGCCUCCCACUGGGACCUCCUUCAAGACCACCAGCGCCUAUCCGACACCUACACACCCAGAGACCACACUGCCCUCUCACACUACACCUCUGUCCACCUCCUCGGUCACUGCAACCUCUCACCAAGGCAGCACCUCAGCCCACUCACCCAUACCCACCUCGACCUCCACCCUAGCGUCAACCACCACCACGAUUCCCACAACAUCUCUGAAGGCCACGGGGACCACCCACACGGCCACACCAUUCACAGGGACCACGCAACCCAAGAUCUCCUUCAGCACAGCCAAGACCUCUAGCUCCCAUCACUCAAAACCCUCCUCCACAUCCCACCCCGAAGCCAGCUCAUCUUCCGCCUCCACCAUCACGCCCAGGCUCACCACCGUAACCCCCAGAUUCACCACCAUCACCCCUAGACUCACCACUAUCACGCCCAGAAUCACCAGCCACGAAACUAAAACCCCCGUGGUCCACACCACCUCGGCCACCAACACCAGUCCCCACACGACCAGCACCACACACUCCCGACCCACUUCCCCAAUCUCCUCCACUCCACACUCCACGGGGCCUCCCACUGGGACCUCCUUCAAGACCACCAUAGCCUAUCCGACGCCUACAUACCCCCAGACCACACUCCCCACUCACACUCCAUCUCUGUCCACCUCCUCGGUCACUCCAACGUCUCUCCAAAGCAGCACCUCAGCCCACUCACACAUACCCACUUCCACCUCCACCCAAGCGUCAACCACCACCACGCUUCCCACAUCAUCUGUCAAGUCCACGGGGAGCACCCACACGGCAACACCAUACACAGGGACUACGCAACCCAAGACCUCCUUCAGCACAGCCAAAACCUCCAGCUCCCAUCACUCAAAACCCUUCUCCACAUCCCAUCAACAAGCCACUUCAUCUUCUACCACCACGAUCAUGCCCAGGCUAACCACCAUCACCCCCACACUCACCAGCCUCAGAACUGGGACCACCGUGGUCCACACCACCACGGCCACCAACACUGGUACACACACAACAAGCAACACACACUCCCCUCCCAAUGCCACAGUCUCCUCCACUCCACGCUCCACGGGGCCUCCCACUGGGACUUCCUUCAAGACCACUAGCAUCUAUUCCACAGCUACACACCCCCAGACCACACUCCCCUCUCACACUACACCUCUGUCCACCUCCUUGGUCACUCCAACGUCUCACCAAGGCAGCACCUCAGCCCACUCACACAUACCCACUUCCACCUCCACAACACCAUCAACGACCACCAUGCUUCCCACAACAUCUCUGAAGGCCACAGGGACCACCCACAUGGCCACACCAUUCACAGGCACCACGCAACCCAAGAGCUCCUUCAGCACUGCCAAAACCUCUAGCUCCCAGCACUCAAAGCCCUUCUCUACAUCCCACCCUGAAGCCAGCUCGUCUUCCGCCACCACAAUCACGCCCAGGCUCACCAGCCUCAGAACUGGGACCCCCGUGGUCCACACCACCUCGGUCACCAACACUGGUCCACAUACGACCAACACCACACACUCCCGACCCACCUCCCCAAUCUCCUCCACUCCACACUCCACGGGGCCUCCCACUGAGACCUCCUUUAAGACCACCAGCACCUAUCCGACGCCUACACACCCCCAGACCACACUCCCCACUCACACUCUACUUCUGUCCACCUCCUCGGUCACUCCAACGACUCACCAAGGCAGCACCUCAGCCCACUCACACAUACCCACCUCCACCUCCUCCCAAGCGUCAACCACCACCACGCUUCCCACAACAUCUGUCAAGUCCACGGGGACCACCCACACAGCCACACCAUUCACAGGGACCACGCAAGCGCAGACCUCCUUCAGCACAGCCAAAACCUCUACUUCCCCAUCCCUCAUCUCAUUUCCUUCCCCUUCCCUGCCCCAGAACUCGAGCUGGCACUCUCCUUUUUCAUCUUCUCCUUCCUCUGCUUCCCCGCUCUCCAGUGGUGCUACCACGGUUGUUUCUCCACCAAAUUCUUUCCACUCGUCUCCUUCGUCUCCCCGGACCAGCACCCUGACCCGUCUGCCAACAAGGGUCCCGACCCCAUCUUCUGUGUCUCCGCACGUUUCCUCCCCCCACCCUGCCACCUGGACAUCUUUCAUCUCUGGUGGCAUAUCCUCCUCUGCCAUUUCUGCUCCCGUGCACACACUCACUGUGAGUUCCAGCUCCCACAUCGCAUUCUCCACUGUGUCCCUUACUACAUCUAAAUCUACAUCUACUUCCUCUCGUUCUGCCUCCACUCCUGUAAGGUCCUCCCCCUCGCCUGCUACCACCCUUGCUUUCACCCCCUCUGCUCCAUCCUUCAUGCCCACCCUGCCUCUGUCUCCCACGGAGUCCCCCCGCCCGGCCCCCAGCAUCACUGCUUUUCCUUCCACGCCCAGAACCACAGCCCGCACCUCCACUUCAUCCACACCCUCCUCUCAGGCCACGACCUGGCACUUCACCUCUCUGUCCACCGAGGUCCCUACAGCAGGAUCCUUGUCUUCCACCUUGGGCCUGACCCCAACCCCCAGUCCUCCAGCCACAUCCUUCCCCACCAGGCACCCUGGCCCCACCCAGGUGCCCAUCUCCACACUCACAACCAGCUCCUUCCCUCCGCAUGGAAGCGCAUCUGGCCCUGCCUCCUCCUCUUCUCCGGUCACUCCUCCACCCAGCACAUCUGGGGCCUGCAGCGUGCACGAACAUCAGGAGCAGAUCACGUUCAAGGGGUGCACAGCGAACGUGACCAUGACCCGCUGCGAGGGCGUCUGUGCUUCCUCUGCCAGCUUCCGCGUGGACACCCAGCAGGUGGACGUCCGCUGCAGCUGCUGCCAGCCCCUCAGCUCCUACGAGCGGCAGCUCGAGCUGCCUUGCCUGGACCCGAGCGCACCCGGCCGGCGGCUCGUGCUCACCCUGCAGGUGUUCAGCAGCUGCGGGUGCAGCCCCCAGGAGUGCAGGGAUUAGUAGGGACACCGCUCGCUCUCCUGGGUGUGCAGGGCUGCAGGUUGAAAACAGGGACACACACCCCCACCGCCACCUCCGGGCUUGUGCUGGCAGCCCCUUCCUGAUCACAAGGCACAGCCUUGGAAGGGCCCCGGGACACAGCGCACCUUCGCAGGGGGUCCUAGGCAGAGGCGCCCGUCAGCCACCACCCAGCAAGGGCAGGCCGGGCGCACAGGGCACUCCCGGCCACACCUGCCCGUCGUCCAACCCUCCCAGCCCCCCGAGCAGAUGCCGGGGCACGUCAGGCAGGCGCGGGAGGGGCAAGGGGCUCAGGCCCGAGCCACAGAGAACAGGGCUGCUCAGCGCCAGGCGGGGGCUGCCGCCUGCACCCAGGAGGCCAGUGCCGCCCACAAAGACUGCAAAUAAACGGGUUCUCGUCAAGGCAGA